AUGGGAGGUCUGAGGCAGCUGCUGCGAUGCUUGGGAGUCAUCGCCGGCUGCAUCUCAGCGGCCCGCGGCCAGCCGUGGGGAUGGUGCAAGGCGUGCCCGCUCCAGCCCGCCGCAGGACGGCCUCCGCGCAGCCGGGAAGGCGCACUGGGGGCUCGGCGACUCCAGUGCCGCCUCGCGGCCGAGGAGAGGCGCGCGUUCUUGCGGCUCACGCACGCCCGCUUCCGGCCAGACGACUGGCCGAGGACGCAGGCGCCGGGCCGGCGGAACUUCUACCUCGAGACCUUCAUCUUCGAGCACCGCGGGUUCCUCUCCGCAUCGCCAGGCUUUCGGCACGGGCCAGCCGCGGCGAUCUCGUGGGACGAGCGCUCCGUGCACGAGGCGCUCUACCGCGGCUGGGCAGAGAGGAGCCCGGCCGCUGUCGCCCAGCUGCCUCGGCCCCGUGCGGUUCGGAGCGCGCGCCUCUGGGCAGGCCUACGGCUCGGCGGCUGGAUGCUGGUGGCUGCUCUUCUGGGGGCAUGCUUGGGGCUGGCUGUCUCCGUCGAGUUCACGGCCUCGGUCGUCAUGCCCCGGCUGCUUCUGGCAGGCGGGCAUUUUGGUUCGAUUGCAUACUCAACGGACGCAUGGGCCACAUUCUCUCGCUUGCUGAUGGCCGGCGACUCCGCACCGGCGGCGCUGGCCGCCACCUGGCGGGGCAAGGAUUUCGAUUCUACAUUGGGAUACCCAGGGGAAGGUCCCCUAUUGCCAGGCACGCCACUGGGCGCGCGGCGCGUCCUCACCCCCCAUCUGGCCGUCGUGGAGCUCAAGAGGGUCCAGCUGCCGCUGCCGACAGGGCGGGCUCGGUCCCUCCGGGAGGACCUGGCCAACAGCCAGAGAUGGAAGUUGGACUUCGACGAGGCGAUGGCGGCCGUGCCGCCACACCCGUCGCCGACGCGUUGGCAUUGCCCUGUGGCCGGCUGCCCGUGCGCCGACCCAGCCAGGCACCAGGGUUGGGCCAACGCUCAAGGCCUCCAUCGCCACUUGGACGCGCACCUCAGCGGGCAGCUCGCCGGCCAGGUGGAUCCCGAGUGGCUUCGCCGGCACGGCCGCGCUCGAUGCCGAGUCUGCGGCCUCAGCGUGGGGGCCAAUCGGGGAGUGCACCCCGCGUGCCGCCCAGCGGACCGCGCAGCCCUCCGGGUGGCCGCCGCGCCGCAGCCAGUCCACGCGGCCGCCGGCAGAGGGGUUGGGGAGGGCCGCCCGUCCCUGGCGAGCGUCCACGCCGCGAGCGUGCCCACCCUCCGGUACGUCCCCAAGCGUGCCCGGGCCGCCUGGUCCCGCGCGCUCACUCGCUGCCUUGCGGGUGUGGUGGCGCGCAACUCGGUGGCUGCUUGGACGGACUUGCAGAUGUUGGCCAAAACUGUCCUCAGCGUGCCCCCGCGCACUGGCCGCGACCACGAAUCGGCCCUCGCGGCGUUCACGUUGGAACGACUCGCGCGCUGGGAGGCGGGCGAGCGACAGUCGCUCUGGCAGGAGGCGUGCGACGCGCAGCCUGGCCGACGUCGUCGGCCAGCCGGCCCGCCCACGGCCGAACUACGGGCAGCGCGCGCCACGGCCUACGCCGCAGAGGGCCUUCUGGCCAAAGGGUGCGCGGCCCUGACGGCCCAAGGUCUGGCCGAACAGACGAGGGAGACGGUGCUGGCCCUCGAACGACUGCACCCGAGGGCGCCUGCCGAGCCGCUCGGGCACCUGGACUCGCUCCUGGCCGCGCCAGAGCUCGCGCCCAACGCCGUGCUCAAGGCCUUGCGCGCUUUCCCAAAAGGCACCGCCCCAGGCCCUUCUGGACUUCGAGCCCAACACCUGCUGGACGCUCUCACACCCGCCACUCGUGCGACAGUUUGCGAGCAGCUCGCUGCCGUCUUCACCGAGGCCUUCACUGAGCGACGGGCUACCAAGGUUGCCCUCCUUCUUCUCCGGCACUGCGCGAGCUUUGGCAAACUGGUCUACUGCGCGCGCACCGCGCCGCCGGAACUGCAGGCUGGCGCCCUCCGAAGUUUCGACGCCGCGCAGCGGGCCUCCAGGGGUCUGGCGUACGCCGGCCUGGGCUUGCGGCGGCUGGAAGCGCACGCGGCGGGCGCCUGCCUGGCGAGCCUCGGCGCCACGCGGCGCCUGUGCUCGGAGCUGGACCCGGCGUACAGCUGGGCACCAGAGGAUGCGGGCACGCGGGCUGGAGCUGCUCUCUCUGCGCACAACGCGCAGCUCCCGCAGUCCGCUGGCCUGCGCCCGGGCGCUCUCGAGACGGCCAAGCAGAAGGACCUCUCCGCCGCGCUCGACGACUACUGGCACCGACACUUUCUGGAGAACCUCGGGGCAGCCGACCGCGCGGACAUCCAGUCCGAGCUGCCCCCCGGCGCGUCGGGCUUCCUGGAAGUGGCGCCCAGCGAGAAGUUGGGGCUGCUUUUCGAGCCGGAAGAGUUCCUCACCGAACUGAGGAGGCGGCUUCUGAUGCCGGUCUACGACGCGGACCACUUCUGCCCCUGUUGCGACGAGCCUUGCGACCGGCACGGGCGAUGCGCGGGCCUCUGCGCGGGCGCGGGGGACCGGGUUUGCCGGCACAACGCCGCGCGCAACUUGGUCGGGCGAUUCGCCGCCGCUGCCGGCUGCAACCCGGAGCUGGAGAGGCCGGGGCUCCUGCCACCGCGCCCGGGCGACGACCGCGCCAUCGGGCGCCGCCCCGCCGACGUGUACAUCCCGAGCUGGCACCUAGGCGCGCCUGCCGCUUUCGACUUUGCGGUCUCGUCACCGCAUCGGCAGGCUGCCCGGGGCAUGGCUUUCCAAGGGGUUGGAAGCGCCGCCGAGGCGUACGAGGUGGUCAAGCGCACCCACCUCGACACAGAG